CCGGAAUUAACAAAAAGAGUUUGAAAUUCAGAAUUGUCAUCUUUUGUUUCGAUCGGAUUCCUUAUUCGUGUAUCUUCUCCGAUUCGAUGGGAAUUGGCUCUCAUGGCAAUGGUAAUCAAGAGGUUUCGCGUUAAUCAAAAGGAGUGAAACGAUGGCGUUUUGUAUUUGGUGUUUAAGCAACUUCAGUUCUUACCGUUUUGAGUGUUGAUCAUUUGUUUGGCAGAGAACUUAAAAGGUUAGAUCUUUCUUCUGAAAUGAUUUCAUUAUUAAUUGUCUGCUUGUACUUGAAUCAUGUUAAUUAUGACUGAGCUUUUCUUCUUGAGGAUGAGGAAAUCGUAAUGGCUAAUGCAUACAAUUUGUCUACUAAAGAUUAGUUGAAGUUGAUAAUGCUAAGCACGCCACAAGUAUAUGUCAUUAUCAUAUGAAUGUUUUGUCACAGAAGAUAUUGACUUCGUAUAAUAUAUAUUUUCUAAUGCAACUUGGUAAUAUUCAAUGUCAACCAGUAGUCGUAGUCCUUGUAUAUAUCUGGACAACAUCAAACUUUUGCAAUGUUUUUGAAUCUCUGAUUGCUAUUUAUCUUUUGGGCUCAAACCAAUGGAAGGAAAGGUGUUCUCUGGUCAAAAACUGAUCUUGGUGAUGUUACUGUUGGGACAUCUACAUGGUUUCAGCAGCUGUAUUGAGAAAGAAAGGAAAGCUUUGUUGGAGCUCAAGAAAUUCGUCAUGUCAAGGUGCGAAGAAUGCGAGUAUGACUCUGUUCUCCCUACUUGGACUAAUGACACAAAGAGCGAUUGCUGUCAGUGGGAGAAUAUUAAGUGCAAUCGUACAAGCAGGCGUCUUACGGGACUUUCCCUUUACACAUCGUACUACUUAGAGAUUUCUCUUCUAAACCUUUCUUUGCUGCAUCCUUUUGAAGAGGUUCGAAGUCUGGACUUAUCAAACUCCAGAUUAAACGGAUUGGUUGAUGACGUGGAAGGUUAUAAAAGCCUAAGGAGAUUAAGAAACCUGCAGAUUCUGAAUUUCUCUUCAAAUGAAUUCAACAACAGCAUCUUUCCCUUUCUUAAUGCUGCUACAUCACUUACAACUCUUUCUCUUCGGCGUAACAAUAUGUAUGGCCCUAUUCCCCUUAAAGAACUUAAAAACUUGACAAACUUGGAACUGCUGGAUCUAAGUGGAAACAGAAUUGAUGGUUCCAUGCCUGUAAGAGAGUUUCCUUACUUAAAGAAGCUGAAAGCUUUAGAUCUAAGUUCUAAUGGAAUUUAUAGCUCAAUGGAAUGGCAAGGAUUAAAGAAUUUGACUAACUUGGAAGUCCUGAGUCUUGGUUAUAAUUAUUUCGACGGGCCUAUACCAAUAGAAGUGUUUUGUGAAAUGAAGAAUUUGCAGGAGCUUGAUCUGAGAGGAAUUAAUUUUGUAGGUCAGCUUCCUCUUUGUUUUGGUAACUUGAACAAGCUACGGUUUCUUGACCUCUCAUCAAACCAAUUAACUGGAAAUAUACCACCCAGUUUCAGUAGCCUCGAGUCCCUCGAAUAUCUAUCAUUGUCAGAUAAUAGCUUUGAAGGCUUUUUCUCGCUCAAUCCACUUACCAACCUCACAAAGCUCAAGGUGUUCAUAUUUUCAUCAAAAGAUGAUAUGGUACAAGUAAAGAUUGAAAGUACUUGGCAGCCAUUAUUUCAACUAAGUGUUCUUGUACUACGACUUUGCAGCUUGGAGAAAAUCCCUAACUUUCUCAUGUACCAGAAGAACUUGCAUGUCGUUGAUCUAUCUGGCAAUAGAAUAUCUGGAAUCAUUCCUACAUGGCUUUUGGAGAAUAAUCCAGAACUUGAAGUCCUACAGUUGAAGAAUAACUCAUUCACCAUCUUUCAGAUGCCUACAUCAGUGCAUAAUUUGCAGGUUUUGGAUUUUUCAGAAAAUAAUAUUGGUGGACUGUUCCCUGAUAAUUUUGGUCGUGUGCUUCCGAAUCUGGUACAUAUGAAUGGCUCCAAUAAUGGGUUCCAAGGGAAUUUCCCAUCCUCCAUGGGUGAAAUGUAUAAUAUUUCAUUCCUGGACCUGUCUUAUAACAAUUUAUCAGGGGAGUUACCUCAAAGUUUUGUCUCAAGUUGUUUUUCAUUAAGCAUCCUGCAGCUGUCUCACAACAAAUUUAGCGGCCAUUUUCUUCCAAGACAAACAAACUUCACUUCAUUGAUCGUGCUGAGAAUCAAUAACAACUUAUUUACUGGGAAGAUCGGAGUUGGUUUGCUUACCUUGGUUGAUUUGUGUAUACUUGACAUGUCCAACAAUUUCUUAGAAGGUGAGCUACCACCUUUGCUUCUGGUAUUUGAAUAUCUUAAUUUUCUGGACCUCUCUGGAAAUCUAUUAUCUGGAGCCUUACCAUCACAUGUUAGUUUGGAUAAUGUUUUGUUCCUACACAACAACAACUUCACAGGGCCAAUUCCGGACACAUUUUUGGGAAGCAUCCAGAUACUUGAUCUACGGAACAAUAAACUCUCUGGGAAUAUACCGCAGUUUGUAGAUACCCAAGACAUCAGUUUUCUUUUGUUGAGGGGGAACAGUUUAACGGGAUAUAUUCCAAGUACGCUUUGUGAAUUCAGCAAGAUGAGACUUUUAGAUCUUUCUGAUAACAAGCUCAAUGGCUUCAUACCUUCAUGUUUCAAUAAUUUAUCAUUUGGACUGGCGAGAAAAGAGGAGAUUACUAACUACUAUGUUGCAGUUGCAUUGGAGAGCUUUUACUUGGGAUUCUACAAAUCCACAUUUGUGGUUGAGAAUUUCAGGUUAGACUACAGUAACUAUUUUGAAAUUGAUGUAAAAUUCGCAACCAAGCAAAGGUAUGAUUCUUAUAUAGGAGCAUUUCAGUUCAGCGAAGGAACACUUAAUUCUAUGUAUGGCUUGGAUCUGUCAAGCAAUGAAUUAAGUGGUGUUAUCCCAGCAGAGCUUGGAGAUCUCUUCAAACUAAGAGCCCUGAAUUUGUCUCACAAUUUCUUGUCGAGUCAUAUACCGGAUAGCUUCUCUAAAUUGCAGGACAUUGAGAGCCUUGAUCUUUCUUAUAACAUGUUACAAGGAAGCAUUCCUCACCAGUUAACCAACCUCACUUCUCUUGCUAUCUUCAACGUCUCUUACAACAAUUUAUCAGGCAUCAUUCCCCAAGGAAAGCAAUUUAACACCUUCGACGAGAACAGCUACUUAGGAAAUCCUCUUCUCUGUGGACCGCCAACCGAUACAAGCUGUGAAACUAAGAAGAACUCAGAGGAAAAUGCCAAUGGAGGAGAAGAAGAUGACAAAGAAGUUGCUAUUGACAUGUUGGUCUUCUAUUGGAGUACUGCUGGAACUUAUGUGACUGCAUUGAUAGGUAUUCUUGUACUUAUGUGUGUUGAUUGUUCUUGGCGUCGAGCAUGGCUCCGCCUUGUCGAUGCUUUCAUUGCCUCUGCGAAAAGUAAGUUGGCUUAAAACCAUUUCAGCACAGUUCUUACGUCUUCCUUAUCAAGCAAAACAGGCUUCAAUCCUCUGUCUUUUUUUGUAAGUAUAUAUGUGCUUUGGAUUUUACUUGCUGUGACAGAGGAAUGUAAGUUGAUGCAGGUUCUCUGUUUCAAAAGAUUCGUCUAUGUAUGGUUAAUGAUCAAAUCAUUGAUAAUAAGGUUAAAAAAUCUGGUUUAGUUAGUUAAGUGAUAUUGGUAUAAAUGGCAAUUGGACUUGAUUUAAAGGAAAAAAG